AUCAUGCUUUACAUUUUGAUCCCCAGGGGGAAGGCGACACCGCUGCUGCUUUGCUGAGGACGUGGCCUCGACCGUGCUCUCCAACGGAGACCAGAGUCGUGCACGUGGAGAUCACACGUCAGACAGAGACGCAGGUGCACCCAGAGCAGGGGUCGCAGCCUCUGUGUCCGCACUUGAAAACAACAGCAGAGACGCUUCCAGGAGGCCAGAACGGCCCAGGUUCUCUAUGGACUUAAAGAUGCCAGCAUUUCAUCCCAAGCAAGAAGUCCCCAGCUCGAGGGACGCUGCAAACUUCCCAUCAAAUUCGGAUCAGACUUUUCCAGAAGGAGCAGAUCUGCAGCUCUUGUCAGAGAGCCAGGCCAGCCACCCGAAAGAGAAGCUGUCUGAUUUGCACAAUAAGGAGCAUUCUGGGGGAGGAAAAAGGGCGCCAGCCCCGGACCUGAUCCCACUAGACCUCAGCGAACGGUCGACCCGGGAUGACCCCAGCCAUAAGGAAUUGGCCUCCUCGCUGCAAGCUGCUCUGGCCGUUCACCCAUGUCCUUACUGCAGCCACAAGACCUACUACCCCGAGGUCUUGUGGAUGCACAAACGCAUCUGGCACAGGGUCAGCUGCAACUCCAUGGCCCCCCAGUGGAUUCAGCCCAAUGGUUACAAAAGCAUCAGAAACAACUUGGUUUUCCUUGCCCGGAGCGGACGCACGGGCCCCCCGCCUGCCCUCGGGGGCAAAGAGUGCCAGCCUCUGCCCAUUGCUCGGUUCACGCGCACUCAGGUGCCAGGCGGGGCGCCAGGGCUCAAGGGCAGCUCCUCACCCCUGGGCGUGACCACAAAAGCCGCUAGCAUGCCUAAGAGCAAGGAGAGCCAUCCCGGGGGCCCCUGCGCGCUGUGGACGGCCGGCCCCGACGGGCAUAGGCAGACCAGACCUGGCCACAGCCCCGAGCAGCAUGGUGCUCCGGCACAGCUGCCCCCGCAGAGGCCCAAGCAGGAGGCCAGCCCCAGACCGGGGCCCGCAGCAGGUGGGGGCGGCUUCAGCAGAAGUGCCACCCCCACGCCCACUGUCAUUGCCCGGGCGGGCUCCCAGCCCCUGGCCAACAGCAGGCCAGGGGACAAGUAUGUCAUCCCCCCGACGGGGGCUGGCCUUGGCCCCCCAAAUAAGCACAGUGCCCCGGACCCCCUGAAAGCCAAAUUCAGCCCUCAGCCUCAGGGUCAGCCGCACGUGAAAGGUGAUGGGGGCCCCCCUCUACCUCCCCGAGAGCCCCCCUCCAAGGCCGGCCAGGAGCUGCGUCCGCUGGCUAGCUGUGGAGUGGGCUCCAGAGGGAACGCAGCCCUGCAGGCCCAGCCCGUCGUGCGCCCCAUCAAGCAGGAGCCUGCAUCCGAGGGCCAUGAAAAGCGCCUGGACAUCCUUAGUAUCUUUAAGACGUACAUUCCAAAGGACUUGGCUUCUCUCUACCAGAGCUGGGGAGCCAGCGGGCCUGCACUGGAGCACAGAGGGACGCUCCGGAUGCAGGCCCGCCCAGGAGACUUCGUCUGCGUAGAGUGUGGGAAGUGCUUCCACCAGCCCAGCAACCUCAGGACCCACAUGCGGGCUCACGCAGUGGCGUUUGAGUCUAAUGGCCUCCGAGGUGCUGAAGCCCAUGCCACCUCUGCAGAUGCCCCCAAACAAGGGAGAGACCAUUCUAACACAGAUGCCGUCCAGACAGUGCCUCUCAGAAAGGGAACCUAAAGAUACAUUUCCAGCGUACCCCGGUGCCCUGUGACAGCCAUCAGCAGUCCCCUCACGGAUGUCCCAACAGCCUCCCGACAGUGACCCUGGCUACCCCAUGGAAGAACAGCUGGACAUCUCCAGUCCUGGAGCUGCUGUGCUGGAGUGGAAACUGACGGGAGAUGCCUCUCCGUGUUAAACGUUUAA